AUGAGUGUUAUUCAAUACCCAGAAGCCUUGAACACCCCGAAUCUUCAGGUAUGGAACAAUGCAGCCUUUGACAAUGGUGAGUCCGAAGACUCGACUGCAUUAAUAGUUUCUUGGUCUCCAGUGAAACCCAUUUUCGUUAAUCGGUCUGAGUCUUUUGAGUCUGUAUCGAGCAAAGAAAAUCAAAGUCCUCUGCUUGAGAAUUCCUCUGUUUCUGUCAAAACUCCGAUACCCAUCAAGCCACUUCAGCCAAACAUAGAAGAAGGGGUUCGAGAUGAAAAGAAGAUUGAUAAGGAAAUCGAGGAGAUUGAGAAAGAAAUUUGUCGAUUAUCGUCUAGAUUGGAGGCUCUGAAAAUUGAAAAACUCGAGAAAAAUGCCAAGGUAGUGGAGAAGCGAGGAAGGGUAGUGCCGGCGAAGUUUAUGGAGCAGAAACAGAGUGUUAAAAACACAGAUUCAGUGAAAAAGAUCGAAGAAACUUUGCAAUUGAGUGCUAGAACAAAGGUCCAGAGAAGGGGACUUAGUCUGGGUCCAUCAGAGAUCGCUGCCGGAGCACGUAGGGGGGUCAGUCUGGGUCCAUCGGAGAUCGUUGCCGGAAUGAAGUCCCGGCAAGUGGGUAAGCAAGAGAUCACCCCUGUUCAACCAAUACAGAAUCGGCGAAAAUCAUGCUUCUGGAAGUUGCAAGACAUUGAUGAAGAGAAGGUGACAAAAGAAAGAAGGAAGAGUUUCAGUGUUGGCCCUAAAUCGAGAAAAACUAUUACCAAGACUCAAGAUUCAAGACAAGUUGCUACGACUAUGGUAGUGAAAAAGGCUGUGAAAAAAGAAGAUGGGGUUGUGAAUUCAAUUCAGCCAAAGAAGUUGUUUGGAGAUGGAGAGAAGUCUGUUCCUGCUAAGAAGCCAUUAAGGCCUGGGAGGGUCGUGGCAAGUCGGUAUAAUCAGAGCACAGUUCAGUCUAUUGGGAAUUCAGCACUGAGGAAGCGAUCUCUGCCAGAAAAUGAUAAGGAUGAGAGUAAGAACUGUGAUAAGAAAAGGUCUCUAUCUGUUGGAAAUUCACAUGAAACUCUACCAGAAAUAGAAAUUCACCAAGGUACUGAGAGUCGGGUUAAGAAGAGGUGGGAAAUUCCUGGUGAAAUAGUGGUUUGUAAGAAUUUGGAAGAUGACAAGUUGCCUCAUUCCAUUACUGCAAUGCCUGAUUUGCUUCCGAGGAUCAGGACUGCCCGGUGCAUGAAGGAGAGUCCCCGGGACUCGGGGCCUGCAAAAAGAGUUGUUGACUUGAUUGGGAGGAUAUCUUACUUCUGCAAUGAUGAAGAGGUGGAGCCAGCAGUUUGUCAAGCCCUCAGCUUUGUAGAGGAAGAUGAUGAAGAAAACUAA